GGUUCAGACUUCAGUUCGCGUGUACCGGUGGUUGAGUGCGGUCAACUGGUAUAUUGGUUGCUAUUUCGAGUCCAAGGCACUUUAUUCGUGGCACUGUGUAGAGUAUUGAUAAGCCAACAAUCAACUUCAGCGCGCGGAACGUGUAGCACGUUUCAAAAUCGAUAUCUUUUAUUCGGGCGCGCAAUUCGUGAUCGAAUAUAUUUUCAUUCGCCUUUGUGUCUUUAUUGUUCUUGAUUCGGGCGCGUAUCGAGUUUUUUAUUCGCUUAAAUUAUUUAAAUAUACGGGACUUGGACUCACGGGCGCCUAUUUUUUAAUCGAUUUCUUUGUGGGAAAUCUUUCUUGGCUUGGAUUUUGUGGAUUGACGGAUGACUGUGGUCGCGAUACCGUUUCUCUGGGACCGAGAAAGAGGUGGAGCCAUGGAGAGCUGUUACAAAUUGUACACGUGGAUCAACCAUACCCUGGUGAUGCUGCUUGUGCAGAUGUUCUGGAAAGUCAGCCAGAUAUCGGAUUAUUUUAAACCAAAGUCUGUCGAAGAAAAGAAGGCGCAAGAAUCGUUGAUGUUCCCACCAUUAUCAAAAGAAUCAAAGCAACGAAGACAUAUCAGAUCAAUGUCGGAUGUGCAAAGCAGUACACCAUACCAUUUCACAUUCAGAUCGAGAAAAGGAUUACACCCCACUCUCACCUACGACUCAGAUACGCGUGCGAAAAGGAUAGCAUCAUACAGGCAAAGAUUUCAGGACUCCUCAGACUCAAGUGACUAUUUAGAAACACCGAAGUAUUUAAGCAUAGAACACAACAUCGUCAAACAUUCGGACUCUAUGAGGAUUCUAUGAGCUUAUGAAGAUCUGAACGAGUGAGGCUGACUAAUCUAGUUCAAAACUAGUGUAUAAAGUUGAGUUUACACUGACUAUCUAAUAUCAAAGACAAUAUUAUAGUAAGUGCAGUGAGAUAGUAUGAUAAGGACAAUCUUUAUAAAAGGAUACAAUUUUUAUAAAAAGAGGUACAUUUAUUUGUAAUUUCUAGGACAGGACAGUUGGUUUUACUGUUUUACUAUUGUCCUUUAACGAAAUAUGUAAAAAAGAAAUUCAAGACAAUAUUUUUCUUGCUUUAGGUAUCAAAUAGGUCUCUACUCCUUAACUUCAUUUUGAUUUAAUAAGUUUAUUAAAACAAAAAUGCUAUACUGGAUGAAGACUAACUACCUACCUUCUAAACCCCUCUCAUUUUUCUCGGUUUGAUCAGUUUCUGAAACUAUCGUAAGUAGAGUUGUCAAUCAGAAAAAAAGAUCACGAAAUAUAAUAUAGGUAUAUUGUCUUGACUUUAUAAUAGAGUUAUGAGAUCUAGUGUGAAAGUAGCUUAUAAAAAGAUGAUCGCACACGGAAUCCAGAACUGUCAGAGCCACCAAAAAUCCAAUGAUGACUGUACUAUCGCAACCACGCGGACCUCUGAUGACGUCAUGCACAUCUAUUCAAUGAUUCUGAUGCGGUCAACUUGUGUUGCUGACGUCAUUAGCAAUUUCAGUGUAGAAAAAUGCGAUUUGUGCGCCUGUUGCGAAUAGUUAGCGAUACGAAGUGUGCUUAAGGCUGAAAUCUAUAGAGCCCACUUUGACUUUGCUCAAACUUAAGACACUGUUGAAACGAGACAGAUUUAUGCCAGCUCUAUAACGCUGUCUCGUUUUAACAGUGUCUUAAGUCUGAGCAAAAUCAAAUCAAGACUUCAGCCUAAGCGUGCUCUCGUCGGUCGCUUUUUGAACAUUCGGUAGAUAAUACGUUUGUAUGGAGAAGAUAGUAAAAGGGGUAACCUAUUUCCUCAACUGUGGUAGUCUUAAAUGUAAAGGAUGGUGCAAUUCUAGUUAACAUGAACCCAUUGUGAUCGGUUUUAGUGAUUUACAUGAGACUGUGAUUGUUUAACCCUAUUCAAAUGCUAACAGGUUCAAUUUGAUAUCUCCUGCUAACUUCACACACAAAUAAGUCAAAGUCAAAAGUCAAAGUCAAAAUCAUUUAUUCAAAGUAGGUACAAUAGAUACCUAAUUGGUACCACCUAGUAAGAAAUGACAAGGGGGUCUCAAACCGUGAUUGUCAUUGUUAGCAUUUGAAUAGUAGGAUAAUAAGAGCUAAGUAUGGCUAUUUAUGUGUAAAACAGAAUAAUGAAAAGUGAUUUAGAUUUUAAAACUAUUUUUUAAGAUAUUUUUAGAACGACGCUUAGACAUAAAUAAAUAAAUACCUAUCAGUCAAUUAAAAAUAAAAAUAAAUAUUACUUAGUUACAAAGUUAUCAAUUUAAAGUACGCUGUGCCACCAAUAAUUUUAAGUUAUUUUUUUGUAACUUGCCCCUUUUUGGGAUACCUGUGCAAAGUUUGUAACCUGAACUUCAAUUAUUAUUUAUUUAUAUAUUUAUGUAUUUUUUCAUGUAUUUUUAUGAUACUUAUUUUGCUUACGUAUUGCUAUUAACAUUAAUUAUUUCUACGACGUACUGCCUUACUUUUCUACAUAUAUUAUAUUCAUAAUAUUAAUUUAACUAAGGUCGCUGCUGAAUUGCACAACGAUGUAAAAAACGUGUUCAUAACUACUUACUUACUAUAGUACAAUAUUAUAUUAAAAACUUGUUUUAAUUGUA